UGCGCGCGCAACCGCGGCGCUGGCGUAGAGAGGAGCGUGUACGGGGCCGGCGAUGGUGGGGAUCCCGGGAGCCUUCCAGUUCCAGAUUGACUGCACAGCUAAUCCCUACUCUGCCAACUGGAGGAUGACCAUCCCUGUGCAGCUAGCUGGCCAGAGAAACAUGCAAGGAGGAAAUAGUUCCACAACUGUGACUUUUUAACUAGUGUUCCAGGAAUAGGCACCGAUAUACUGCGAUCGCAGAGAAGCUACUGAAUUUGGGCAGUGCACCUGCUUUGUGCCUCUGCUUCUCUGAUGGAGCUUAGCAACUGUCUGUCAGAGGCCUGAGCACAGAGCUCAGUGCCUCCUAGGAACCCAUUUUUCUACCAGGAGACCUGAGAGAGAGAGAGCGCGUGCGAGAGCGAGCAGCCUGAAGGACGUGUCUCCUCAGCAAUAUCUUGUAAAACAAUCCCUUGUUAAUUGAGAGCAAUCGGCCAAGCCAGCCAUUCCAGGUGACAUCCUGAAAGAGUUGCUGAAGGAACCUUUUUGAGAAUGAAGCCAUGGAUGGCCUUAGAGAGAGAGAGAGGAAUUCAUUGAGAGGGAACAGCCCCUUAGCCUGGUACUGCCAGAUCUGAAGGGAUGGCCCUCAUUUCCAGGAGGCUGUUUGCUAACGAGAAGAGGUUGCCAGUGAUGCCUGGAUCCCCUGUGGAAGUGAAGAUACAGUCAAGAUCCUCUCCUCCCAGCAUGCCGCCUCUGCCACCCGUGAACCCAGGAGGCCCUCGGCCAGUGUCCUUCACCCCUACAGCAUUGCCUAAUGGUAUUAACCAUUCACCCCCAACACUCAAUGGGGCACCAUCUCCGCCCCAGAGGUUCAGCAACGCUCCUGCCUCCUCCUCCUCCUCCUCACUGACCAAUCAGCAACUUCCAGCUACCUGUGGGGCCCGGCAACUCAGCAAACUAAAGCGCUUCCUUACCACCCUUCAGCAGUUCGGCAAUGACAUUUCCCCAGAGAUUGGGGAGAAGGUGCGGACGCUUGUCCUAGCAUUGGUGAACUCAACAGUGACAAUUGAAGAAUUUCACUGCAAGCUCCAAGAAGCCACCAACUUCCCUCUACGUCCCUUUGUGAUUCCAUUUCUGAAGGCCAACCUUCCACUGCUGCAGAGGGAGCUGCUGCAUUGUGCCCGAGCUGCCAAGCAAACACCAUCCCAGUACCUGGCCCAGCAUGAGCACAUUCUUCUCAACACAAACACCACAUCCCCAGCUGACUCCUCUGAGCUGCUGAUUGAGGUGAAUGGAAAUGGAAAAAGACACAGUCCAGACAGAAGAGAAGACAGUAGUUUUGAGAGAGAUCCACUGCCAUCUGAGCCUCCUGCCAAGAGAGUGUGCACCAUUAGUCCGGCUCCUCGGCACAGUCCCGCUCUGACCCUUCCACUCAUGACUUCUGCUGGGCAGUUCCACCCAACCCCACCUCCUCUUCAACACUACACCUUGGAAGACAUUGCAACUUCCCAUCUUUACAGAGACCCCAGCAAGAUGCUUGAGCACAGGGAUAUGCGUGACAGACACAGCGGUCUUGGUUUGAAUGGAGGCUAUCAGGAUGAGCUGGUGGACCACCGGUUAACAGAGAGAGAGUGGGCUGAUGAGUGGAAGCAUCUCGAUCAUGUAAGGAAUGGGAGUGGAAUUCUUUUGGUUCUGAAUAUCCAUCCUUCCAUCCGCACGCAGGCAUUGAAUUGCAUCAUGGAAAUGGUGGAGAAAACUAGGCGCUCCAUGGCAGUUCUGCGACGUUGUCAAGAGGCUGACCGGGAGGAGCUGAACUACUGGAAAAGGCGUUAUAGUGAGACUGCAGACACACGGAAGGGUGGGAGUGAACUCAUCUCAAGGCAACACAGUCCUGGGAGCUCCGACUCCAUCAGCAGCGAUUCCCUGCGGGAGUUCAGCAGCAGGUCGGGGACAGGCUAUGUCACUGAAGAGAUAUGGAAAAAAGCUGAAGAAGCUGUGAAUGAGGUGAAGCGCCAAGCCAUGUCUGAGGUACAGAAAGCUGUUGCUGAGGCCGAGCAGAAAGCAUUUGAAAUGAUUGCAUCUGAGAGGGCUCGAAUGGAGCAAACCAUUGCAGAUGCAAAGCGCCAGGCUACAGAGGAUGCUUUCCUGGUAAUAAAUGAGCAGGAAGAAUCUACGGAGAGCUGUUGGAACUGCGGCCGCAAAGCCAGUGAGACCUGCAGUGGAUGCAACAUUGCCCGGUACUGUGGCUCUUUCUGCCAGCACAAAGACUGGGAGAGGCAUCAUCGAAUCUGUGGACAGGGGUUACACAGCCAGGUGAAGCCACUUGCCCUGCCCACAGGGCGCUCCUCUGCAGCAGCUGCCAAAGCAGUUGAUGGAGUACCAAGUCCAGCCCUGGAGAAGACCUCUGCAACCACCUCGCGAUCUUCUACCCCAGCCUCUGUGACAGCAGUAGACACAAAUGGACUCUAAAUAACAAGGUUUUGUUUAGUACAUUUUAUUAAUUUUCCUAUUUUUAGACCUAAAACCCCCUUGCAGUUCAUGACAAUUUGUCAAAACUAUACCAACUACUCUAGAACACCGAUACUCUGGCUAAUGUUUGUGGGGCUUUUCCCAUGCCGUUAUAUUCUCUUACAGUUCAUAAGGAACUCAUGCCAGCCUUGCCUCAACACUGGUCUCUAACAAGUCUUGCAUCCAGAGAGCACAUCACUAGGACUGUAAGGACUAUGGUGUCUCCCUUUUUAUUUUAACUUAACUUUAUGGAAAGAGUUUUUGCAGUGGCACGCGAGAGAACCAGGCUAGCCACAUACAGUUAGGGAUGUUCUAAAUAAGGGUGAUGUGUGCUGUACUCCUUUCUACAGGGCAGCUAGGUUACCUGAAUGGUCACCUUGCUCAGCUGCUCCUCUCCUCCUGUUGGGUAGGCAUUUAACUUAUUUCAGGACACUGCAUCUUAUAUGGUGCUGUACCAGCAAAGCCAGCAGUCCCCACCAGUUAUUUGGCAGAGCUGUUUAUCCUCAUGGAAGAUGCUCAUUUGCCAGCACAGUGUAAAAUGAGCAGGUUUUUUUGGUUUUAACUCUCCCCACCUUCCCCCAUAUCUCAGAGACUGCAAGGACUGGGUACUCCAGAAGAGAGGAGUAUUCUGUUCUGCUGAAGAAAGAAUCUAAAACAAGUCACAAAACCUGAGUUCAUAAGUUGAUUGCUUUUAUAUGGCCCCCUUUUUAAUCCUUUCUCUAACUGGACAGUCCAGUGUUUUAUCAGUUUGGGUAGGAGCCUCUACAUUCAUGGACUGAAUUCAGACCAUACACAGACAUUUCAUAGUUGUCUAGUGCCCCUUCAGAGUGCGUAGAGUUAUUUUUGCUGUGCAGAAAGCACUUGUCCACUGCAUGGAAAUUGUUGGGUUUUGAGUUCUUGAUUUUGUUUUUAUUAAGCAAAUCUUCACACUACUGCAAAUCAUCAUUUAUAGUCUAUUCUUUCCAAGCAUAUUAGCCAAACUAUUUAAAAAUAAAAUCAGAGCUUCAUAUUUCACAUCAAUUUUUAAAGCAUCCAAGCCUAAUGGAAAUAGCAGAGCUCUGCUCUGUGCUCAACCUUAAUUCUAGCCAUGUAUUUUCCUUACAGGGAAAUGCAACUCUUAACACCUGGUUGCACUGCAGUCUUUAAUCAUCUUGUUCAGCAUUUGAAGCUGUUCUAAAGAUGACUUAUUAGACAAUUGAAAUCUAGCCGGAUUGUGACAUUCUGUCCACGUUUUGCUAAACUGGCUAUAAGUAGCUGUUUGGGUGUGAAGGGAAUUUUCUAAUCUAGGACAUGGUAUGUGUCCAACAUUGACCAAACUGGUUCAGUGUGUGCAGGGCGUACAGAGUUUGCCUGGAGGAUUCAUCUAAAGAUGCCCUACAAGAGCUUGUUAGAGGUGUAGCUAAUUCAACUGGAAUCGGCAUGUGCUUGAUUCAAGAUUCACACAGAUUCCUCAUGCUGCAUACCAGUAAGAUCUAGAACAUUGACUGUUGAAUAGGAUUUGUUACUUAGACUUUUCUUGUGUGAUCUUUGGAUUGGUGCCAAACAAGACAAAUAGUUCCCAAAUUCAAUGUGAUCAUUUAAAAAAAAAAAAAAAAGUAGAACCUGGUAACAGAGAUGUACUUAAUAUUCCUUUGGCUGGCAAAAAGCUAGCUCUCCACUGGCUGUGUGUCAUUGGUAUGUAAUGGUAACAAAAGGAGGAAAGUUCAAUCCAAAAAUCUUCUGGUUUUGAAGAAAGACCCCAAAAUAUAAUAUUUGGAACCUGUAGUUUUGUCCUGCAAAAGAUUAUUACUCACCACAAUUCAACCACUUGCUGCAGUUAUGGAUUACAGAUGCAUGUAACGGCUGCUCCUGAAACAUGAUGAAUAUCAACUUUGCUGCUUCUUCAAGGAAGGACAGACUGGGCUUGCUUGUAGUGGGCAGGGAGGGAAAACUGUUGUUAAUGUCGUGCUAAUCUGAACUUGGACUUAGUCCUUCCCUGGGUGUGUACUGUGGCUAUGUUUGGGUACAAGGAUGUUCAGUUUAUAUCAGCUAAAAAGAGUAGCUGAUACCUCCUGGAUAAUGGAAGCCUAUUUGGAAACUAUUCUUAUUCUGUGUAAAAUUCUCAUUUCUGUUCCCUUUGUUCCUAAUUGCUCUGAGGGUAUUUGUAGAGAAGCAGUUUAUCAUAUGUGGAGUCCUAGUCCCCUGGUUUGGGAUCAAGCCUUUUUAGAACUCAAAUUUAUGCAGGGUUGGGGAGGAACAGAGAAGAAACUAAAGUAUCUGUUUUCAUGAAAAGGUCCUUAGUCAUGUACAGCUAGAUUCUGCAGUCCCUAAACAAUCAGUGCUCCCCCUGAAGUCACAGGGAGAUUUAAAGAUCUUCUUGAUACAAUGGGAACCCCUAAAAAUAUUUAGUUGCCUCAGGUACCUAAGCUACAUUGCCACAAUUAGUUGCAGCAUCCCCUGCACUUAGCUACAGUUUUGAAAUAAUGUUGUUAAAUUUACCUAAGGGCAACUGCUGUAAAAUGAAGCCCAAAAGAGAAUGAGAGAAAUACAGCACUAUAAGGAAUUGUUUGUAAAUAGACCGUCUUCCAUAGUUUUCAUGCAACUUCAACAGCUCUCAGUGUAUUACAAUAAAACUUAACCCCAGUGUAACUGAAUGAAUACUAACAGUCAUGAUUAGAAUGAUUUUUUUAAUGGAAUGAUAAAUGUGAAAUUCUGGUACGGAAAGACAUGUUGGAUUGGGUUCUCUAUAUUUUUUUGUUCAUUUAAUUCUGUAAUACGAAUUUGUUAUUUCAUUCCUGUGCAUAACUUAUUUAAUGUACUGUAUAAAGGAACCCAAACUGUUACAGAUGUUAUUUAGUUUCUUCUACUCAAAGUAGUCAAUAAAAAAGACUAUAUUCAU